CGAACGCGUAAUGGGACUGUUUUAGUAUCCGUGUCCUAUCGACUCGUGCCAUACCUAACUCGUGCCUUUUCACAUCAAGCCUCAAAUUUGUAGCAUCCAUGACAUACCCCUAGUCAUGUGUGUGUGCGAUAUGUCAUACUGCUUGGAAAACAGCCAAACAAUAAGUGCCUCUGCAGGUACCGUAUACUACGUAUUCCCUGUUUUUCUGUGGACGGCCACAUAUUUGUAUAUCACUGUGCUCUCAAACUUCAUGAUUUCAUCUCAGGUGAGAUUAUAUAACCACAAUGGGAGUCCAAGAGUUCUUUCAUUUACCAGUUCUACUCUUCAUGUUGGUAUCGUUUCACUCAGUUGUUACUCAGUACCAUCUUGAUACACGUGAAGUCUCCAUCUUUGGUAAGAUGCUUCAAAAACACAUUUUUAAAACAAUCAUCGGAGCAGCAUUAGGUGAUGUGUGUUUGCGGGAAUGUUAUCGUGACGUCAGAUGCCAAAGCUUAAACUAUGUGUUCACCCAAGACAAGUGUGAGCUGAGUAACCGCACAAAGGAGGCCAGACCUGAAGAUUUUGUACCCAGCUUUGAGAGAUAUUACUUCAGACGAGAUACGAAGAGAGCUAUUCUCGGUGCCAUCCCAGAACUGCCUGCAGACUCGUGUAAGGAAAUCAAGGCGAGUGAAGGUGGAAAAGCGGUCAGCGGCAAAUACUGGUUGAAUUUCAUCAUACUUGACACACCUGUGUUGGCUUACUGUGACAUGAAAACAGAAGAUGCUGACGAAUGCACUACCUCCAUUCGUAUUUGUAAUGAGAACGCCGACUGCAAAAACACUCUGGGAUCGUAUAGUUGUUCUUGCAAAAUUGGUUUUUCUGGAGAUGGACAUACUUGCAAAGAUGUUGAUGAGUGUGCCAGCAGCGAGCACGACUGCCAUGAUUUGGCUUUAUGUACCAAUACUGUGGGGUCCUUCACCUGCUCAUGUCACCAUCCGUACGUAGGGGAUGGAAGAUCUUGCAACUUUGCGAGCCCGUCAGAAUGUCAAAACUAUCAAAGUCUGACAGGAGCAGACAGAAGGAUAAAUUACACCAAUCAAAACACGGUUUGUGACAACGGACUUAAGGGUUGGUACCGUCUGGAAGGAGCAGCAGGUACAAGAAUGCCUACUUCAUGUCCACCAAAACACCGAUGUAACACUGACGCAUCUGGUUGGCUAAAUAGUACACAUCCCAUAGUGGCUGAUGGUCAGGUGAACGGGACAGUCUGCUUCCACUGGGGGUCAGACUGCUGCAGCUGGUCAAGUUCCGUCAAAGUGAUAAAUUGCGGCGGUUACUAUGUUUACCACAUAACUGGCACACCCACAUGUUCUCUCCGCUACUGCAGCACAGACUAAAUAGAGGCUGGUUCAGAAAAUCAUCGCUAGUUUUCAAGAGUCCUCCCGUUAAAAAUGCUUACACUUUACUGUAUUUGUGCUUUAGUGCUUAUCCCAGGAAGUAAGCGAGCUAAGAUUGGUAAUAAUUGCCCUCUUUCAUCUGGAAAAAAAAUUAUUUCUCACUUCUUUUGUGUUCUAGAAUUUGGAAACGUUUGCGAUAAAGAAGUUGCAGGCCUUUUUGAGAUACUCCAAUGCAAAUGACACAUUAUUUUGUUUUCUGCUCUUAAGUUCCAGGAUUUCAGGCGGAUUCAAUGAUUCACUUGAGGUUCUUGGAGCCUGACUUUGAAUUUAAUAAAGGGGCGAGGUUCGCAUUGCAUUAAAACGAUGGAAUCAGAAGGCAAACACUUACCAGCAUGGCUCAAUGUACAUGUAGAAGGCAAAAUUUUCUUGAAUAACGUUGUGAUGGUCCAUUCUAGCACCAAGCGGCUGAGCCACAAAAUUCACCAAUCGUUAUAAAAUUAGCAAGAGAAACACUUGAAAUAAUUAUAGGUUAUGUCUACCAAAUUCAGACUGUCUAGCGGUCGGUGGUCUUUCGCUUUUAGAAGUACCAAAACCUAUAACAGCUUUCUCGGCAACAUUAAGAUUACUAAGUAUGUGGAUACCAUGGAGUUUGGUGAUUAAGUACCUGACCAUUUGAUAUCAGGGGCACUUAUUAUACUUUCUAGAGUUUUGGUUGUUACAUUCUCGUAGUAUAGGUGAUUAUCUUAUUUCUAUUAAUUUUUACGCUUUAAAGAGGCAUUUACGUUGUGUAUAUUUUUAUUCAAUUUAUUUAAAUUCACAGUAAUCAGGGUGUAGGGCUCCUGCUGAAGUAUAAAUCCAAACAAUAAAACUAAUGCUUUCUAAUUAAGUGGUUUUUUUAUGGUAUGUACCGUAUAAUUGUUAGAAAUACACAAUUAAAAUACU